AUGGCCACGCACGACGCGCACGAAAUGGCGUCUGCGUCGACGUCCACUACGCAGCGACAGACGUUCUACAUUCAACUCGACAACAACGCGCCCGCAGAGAUCAACUUCAAGCAGCUUGUGAUCCAACAUUCACGUCCAUUUGAGGCUUUGCCGUCCAGCACGAGUCCAGCAAACACAGCGUCUACUGCCGUGCCUUUACCCAAGAACUCCGAGUCUGUGGCGUCCACGACGCGUCCACAGCGCUUCAACAUCAUUGAACACCUCGAGAAACGCUACGGAAGUGGCUCGGUGCUUCAGGACGGAUACGAAGGGGGCGACGGGUUCGACCGUCGAGACGACGACGAUCUGUACGACUCGGAGGACUCGUUUAUCGACGACGCUGAGCUGCAGCAGCACAUUGAGGACGUGCGGGACCAUAGAAAAGUCAAGACAAAGCACGCUGGAUUCUUUGUGAAUGCUGGGGAGGAGAUUGAGACGCUGGAGCAGGAGGAAGACGAGGACGACGAGAGUAAGCAAGGCAAGAAGCGGACAGUGUCGGGAGCGCUGCGGUCGUUUCUAGAGGAACUACCGGAAGGUGUGAGUGAAUGGCAGCCAGAUGAAGAGGUGGUCAAGAGACUGGAGGUGCUACGGACGGCCGUGCAGGAGUUGGCAGAGACUGCACCGAUUCCCAAGGUGUUUCCGAGAUCACUGGAUGGACCACUGCGUGCGGUCGAUAAGCUUGUGGUUGAAGCUCAUCCGAACAAGUGGCGAGUGACGGGAUACUUUGCGACGCUGAUGACGUUCCUGCCGUACACGAAGCAGUAUUUGAAGUCGAACAUGCUGAGACUGGAAGCACGAGAUGUUGCGAAGAACGAGAGGGAGAAAUUGGAUAGUGCCGUUGAGACGCUGACCGAGUUCGUAGUUGCGUACGGGUCGCGGGCUGCAGCAGAACCAGUGGAUGCGGUGAUGGCAGAUAUUGCUAAGGACAAGGAACUGGGCACAAAGCUGCAUACGGUGCUAGAGUUUCAAGACGACUGGGUUGCGAAAGAAAACGACUACCGCCAAAUGCUGAAGACCGAAGACAAGAAGCAUAUGAAGGAGCCAGACUACAAGCCGCUCAACCAUCGCCAGGAGCGCAAUCGAAUGUUCAACCGGGUUCUUGCACUAUUCCCAUCUGGUCUGACCGAUCUACAAACAUUACGCGCUUUGAACAAAGCCGCUAAGGCGAAGGUACCAAAGAAGCCUGCACAGCCAAAAACACUUGUCAAGGGUGCUGUCGCAACAACAAAAAAGAAAUCGGCUGAGCAAACUACCGGGGCAACUGCUUCCGUCAAACGAUCAAUAAAGCCCUUCAAGUCGCGCAUGAUGGACGAAGCUCCACCUUUCAUCGAGGAAGACUUCGAGGAGAUAGAACAGUGA